GUUAUCGCGCACCAUUCGAUCGAUUGCGUCGUGCAAAAAAUAUCUGUAAACAAUCGUGCAGUGGCGUAUUGCAUUCACGUCAUAAGUAACCGCACAAGCAUAGACGGAUCGAUUAUCUCUUUAUCUGUUCAGUAGCCACGAGAAGAGACCAUGUUUUCACAAUUAAAUUACGAUUCGCGAAACGAUACAGAACGCUAUCUCUUAGCCCGAUAAAACCGACGUAUAUAUAAAUCAAAGUCGUAUGAUUUUUUUUGGACAACCAUCAGUCGAACUUUGUAAGUCACAAUGCCGUCUGUGGUAAAUACGGUCUUUAUUCUGAGCAUUUUGCUCGUUGCGCUACGUAAGUAUCCCGGAUCAGAGAAUACAUAAAUAUAUAGUUAUUUCCGAAUCCACAAACUAUGUCUCUUUAGUGCUAGAUGUCAGUCUAGCGAAGAAGGGCAACGAUGGCGGCAAGGGAGGCAAAGGAGGAAAAGAGGGCAAAGGCGGCAAAGGUAACGGUGGUGGCAGCUGGAACUCCAAGCAAAGCUGUACCUUUGAUCCAUCGUCUAACUUCAACUCUACGGCCUUCUACACGAACCCCUACAAGACUGAAUUCGUCUACCCUCAGACCACGGGUGGUCUGGUGGUCGACAACAAAAAGGGCCCAAGUCUAAGGAUUAUGUGUCCUGGUGGUAAGAUUUUCGCCAGCGGCAAAGUCACCAACCUCACCGCCGCUGUGGCCGAGUGCAUAGGUGGACCAACGGUCAAGUUGACCGACACCUACGUCUACUCGCCUCUGCAGAUGAUAGGAUGCACUGAUGUGCAGGAGUCCACUGCGCGGCUGACUGGUAAGGUUGCAAGUAAUGGUAAGAAGAUUGCUGAGGUCGGAUACAGUCUUAGCUCGAAGGACUUUCUGACGGUCAUUGAUGAGAUGGUCGUGAGCAGCUUCAACGGCGGUUACAUACCAAGGUGGGCACAUCACAAGGUCAUUACAUCCAAGGUCGACGACGAGUCCAAGGCCAAGGAGGUCGGUUUGAAAACGGGACCACUGGCCGCCAAUGUGCCCUUCGCCGAGGUCUACGACGCAGCCCAACAGAGAAAAGAGUUACUCAAGCUCUUCGCCGACGACGCCGCGGCUGUUGACAAGUAUCUCCCAGCUAAUGGCAAGCAGCAGUUCGUGGCAACACGCCUAGUCACAAAGGAUGAGCUCUACUAUUCCGUCCAGCGCACCGGCAGUCACCUCUAUGAGACCAGCGUCCCGGUCUGGUCCAGCAUCGCAUCUGGCAACUGGAAGCUCGUUUCCGAAGCCGUUCGUAAUCUCGUCCCAGUAACCAACACCACAUCCCCCGUCAGCAACGUAGACGUCUGGUCAGGUUCAUACCUGACCCUCUACCUGCCCAACACAGCCGGAAAGAACGUCUACGUGGGUCUGCCCCAUGGACUCAAACCGGCCCAGUUCCUCUUCAAGUACGUCCAUGACCCAUCGAACAACCAGGGACUCGUCUUCCUUACCGUCAACAACCCUCACCUGACCGAAGCCGACAAGAAGAACGUCAUCUGCGUACCUCUUCCAAGCUGUGCCACCAAGUACCCAGACUUCGCCGAUUUCACCAAAGGAUACACCUACUGCUGCAGCUUGAAGAACUUCAAAGGCCAGGCCGAGAAACUCGGUCUGCCGAUUUUCAAAGACGCUACCGAUCUGACCGUCUGAGUAAUUUACAUGACAAAUUUUGUACAUAAUAAAGCACAUAAGC